AUGGGCAUGGAACAAACUGCUCAUCACUUCUCUCCUCCGUUUAAUUAUUAUAAUUAUUAUUUCUCUAACAUGAGCCGUGCCCUUUGGGUGGAUGAGCUUGAUGUUAUUAGUUUCGGUUUAUCCGAAGAUCAUCAUCAUCACGAUGGCUCCGAGCAACAAAUAGCAACAACAACAACUAGCAAUGUCCUUUUACCUGAUAGUAAUUACAUGUAUGAGAUGGCGAUUUCGAGUGGCAAUAAUCCAGCAUCGUUCAAGCCUAUCAUCCCUUCUGAAGAGGAUGACGAAGAGUCAUAUUCAAGAGAAGAUGGCCUUGAGGAUGCUGUGGACUGUGAUUAUGGCGACUGUGAACCAUACGAUUGGUACGAAAGCUCUGACUCGUAUAUUUGUUAUUGUGAUAAAAGGCAUGCUUGUCAUUGUCGUUAUCGUUUUUAA